AUGGCCACCGCUCUAAUGAAGACGAUCCUUCUCAUCUUCGUCGCCACCGCCCUCUCCGUCACCCUCACCAUGCGAACCGUCGUCGACCAGGAGGUGCCCGAAGCCGCGGAGGCUGCUACCGCCGAGCCGUCGCAGAGGUUGAGCCGCUUCCUCAAGGAGGAGGCACCCGUCGACGGAACCCCGGGGUACGGAGGCAACAGCGGCAACGGCGGCGGUGGCAUCGGGCAGACCAAGAACCCUAGGGCGGCGGACCACUGCAACAAGGAACCGGGGCUGUGCCAGGAGCUGUACGGGAAGGACUUCGAGUGCUGCAACAACAAGUGCAUCAACGUCGCCGUCGACAAGCAGAACUGCGGCGCCUGCAAGAACAAGUGCGCCUUCAAGGACGAGUGCUGCGGCGGCCAGUGCGUCUAUCUAUCUCUCGACAAGCGCCACUGCGGCAAGUGCAACGCUCCUUGCGCCAGCCCGCAGCUCUGCGUCUACGGCAUGUGCAACUACCCUUGA